CGCGAUUUCAAACGUCCCGGCGGCAUCACCGCGCGGCUCUGCGCUCUGCGGCCCCGUGCAGACACUCCAGAUGGAGGAAGGGAAAGAAAUGGCAACACAUUCUCUGAGUCAUGUGAUUGAAGAAAAAACAGAUUUUCCUCUUCUGUCUGAUGAAAAGUUUGAUUUUGACCUUUCACUGUCUCCAGCAAGUGGAAGUGAAGAUGAAGUUUUUUUUGGACCUUUGAGACACAAAGAAAAAUGUGUUGCUGUCAAUAUUGAAGCAAAUCAAAUUGCUAAAAAAGAGAAUGCGUCUGCUUCUGAUGAUAAACUCGCGUGGAGCCCACUUACAGGCGAGAAAUUUGUGGAAAUUUUCAAAGAAGCUCAUUUAUUAGCACUGCAAAUAGAGACUGGAAGCAAGAAUGAACAGACUAAAAUAAGCCAGUCAGAAGAACGAGAAAACAAGAUUAUAGAAAAAUUUGUGGAGGACUCAAAGUCAAAAUUGAAAAUGCUGAGAAAUCAAAAUAUAGCGAAAAGUCCCAGGGCUGUUAAAAGGGAGACAUACUGUGUGCAGGAUAGCCCAGCAUGUCAGCUGCCACCUUGUUUUCAGAAGGAAUCAGAUAAACUUUUGUCAGGUGACAAUACAUAUGUUCCUUAUACUCCUCCAAACAGAAGCCCUGUUAAAAAUUGUGUAUCUCCUAUAAAAAUAACUGAUUCACCUCUGACACACGAACAGAAAACUAAGGAAAGAAAUAUGAAGACAACUGGUGAACUGUCAAUGGCAAAACCUUCAUCUACUCUUGACAAAAGCAAUUUGACUAUUGGAAAGCCCAAACCAGGGAAACAUAGUAGUAUUUCUACAAAAAGAGACUUGAACAGCAUGGGAUCAUCUGAAGAUCUAAUUUCUGAUAAAUCUAGUGCUGCUUCAGAUGUCUUUGAGUCUUCAUUCAGUGGCAGUUCCUCAGUGCAAGGCAAAAAAGCCCUUCCUGCACCAAGUAAGCCUGGCUUGAAGAAGAUAACACAUAUGAAACUUCCUGGUGUUGCCAGUGGUCUCACAACAAAGACUACUUCAUCUUCUUCAUCAUCAGUUUUCAGCAUGAACUCGAGUCUGGAUUCAAGUUUACCCUUUUCUCCCAUAGGAAAAAAUGGAAAAUCAAGCACGUCUUCAAAAGCUAGUGUGAAUGGUUCUAAGAUUUCAUCCAGUACAAACAGGCUGGCCCUUGUCAGACCUACCAGCGUGUCAUCUCUGCAGGCUGCCAACACUGAGAAAUCCAGGAAGCAAGCAAGAUCUGUUAGUGCUCCCAGAAUAUCUAGACCUGUAAGCUUGUCUAAAUCUUCAGCUUCUGCAAUAUCAUCUGAGGCUGUAGGCAGUGGAACUCAGAGGCUAAGCUCUGUUCCCAGUCUGCAGAAGUUACGUCUGCAGAAUAAAGAUGGAAGUGCAGCAAAAGGAAGUCAAUGUCCAAAGGCCAAGGCUACAGUUUUGUCCUUUCCUACAAGUCAGACUAAGGUUCCAGUGAAGACUGGAGAUACAGCACCAAAAGCAACAUCAUCUCUUGGAUUAACAUUUUGUGGCACACUUGGAAGUGCCAUGGCAGUUAGCACUCCUGUGAAAGCCUCAGGAGAUGACAUCUUUCAGAAUUCUUGUUUUCUGGAGAGUUCUGCCUCUGUGACUCCUGCCAGUCUGAAACAGUCUGGCUUACCUACACCUGUUCAUCGUAUCUCAGGAUUUCCAGCAGUGACUCCUAAAACUGCACCAAGAAUGGUGUUUUCUCCACAUACUGUAUCUGUUCACCGAAGUAGCAGCUUUUCUACCAAAAAGAUGCUUAUGGCUGGCUCUAAACAGACAAAGGAGAGUAAGACACAGAUGUUGUCUUCAGAAGAUGAUGUAUCUCCUCCACCUGUGCUACCUCUUGUGCUUAACUUCUCACCAGACAAAACUGCUACAGAACUAGUAGAAAAUGAAUUAAAAGAGGUUGAAAUACAAAAGCAGCUGGCUGAAGAGAAACAGACUGAGGCCUUACUGGUAGAUAUUGGAGUAGACAAAUCUCUCCCACAUGCUCUAGAAUGUGAAUGUAGACCUCUGAUUGACCUUUCCAAUACUCCCGAAGUGAAUAAGAUUACUCCUUUAAAGCCUACACUCUCAGGGCAAGUAAAGCUGAUCGAUUUCAGUUCGCCUCUUAUCACUCUGAGUCCUGAUGUGAACAAAGAAAAUCAGGAUUCCCCUCUACUCAAGUUCUGAACUAGAGAUGAAAUGAAGAAUGCUUGGCAUCUGUGAUCUGUAAAGUGUUUAGGUGCUACUCUUCUCGCAUACAGUUUUUUUUAAGAUGGCUAUUCAUUAUCUGAUGAGCUGCAUUAAUACAAUAGAAUUCUAAGUCUUGAUAUAGUCAAGCAGAGUCUGAUUAAUGGUUCUGUCUAUGGAUGUGCUGCAAUGGAUGUACUUAAACUGUGUUGCUCUAGGGCAGAAAGGUAUGUUCUCUGUAAUGGAACCUUCCUACCAAUUGUGUUUUGAUUCUGUAUCCCCUGUGUGCAACAAAGAUUUAAUUUAAAAUAAAUUAGUUGUUUAACAAA